AUGGAUGUUGAUAUGCCAACAAUCGAUGAAAAUCAAAUAAAAGAAGUAUUCGAAUUAAGUUACAAAGAAAAAAUUUCAUCAUUUGAAAUACUUAAUUCAUCUAGUUAUAUAAUUAAUGCUGAUAAUAAAUAUCUUAUGAAAUUAUUUUCACAUUCAUCAAUUUCUCUUGAACAAUUACAAUCUAUUUUAUCAUUAUGUCAAUGUAAUGGAACAAUUCUUGAUAUAUCAUCUAUAGAUCAAUCUCAUAUUGUUAUUUUUAAUAAUAAUAAUUUUUCAUUAAAUAAACAAAUUGGUUAUUUAUUAGCAGAAUGGCGUUUACAUACACGUAAUAUUCUUAAAAUUUCAUGGAAAAAUCCUUUUAAUAAUGAAUGGUUCAAUCAACAAUAUGCAUUUAUUAUUAAUAAAAAAAAGAAUAGUUAUCCAUUUCUUUUAUCAAAUUUAUAUACAUGUCAAGAACAAAUUUCAACUAUAGAUGAAAAUAAAUUAGAAAUUGGUCUUUUAUGGAAUAAUAAUCAACAAUCAUUUUAUUUGAUUGAUUUAGUUUUAUCUUUUCUAACAAAUAUUGAUUCAUUUAAUUAUAAUAUUAAAGAAAUAAUUCAUGCAUAUGAAGAAAUUAUUUCAUUAACAAAUGAUGAAAUCAAUCUUUUGGAUAUAUUUGUUCGUUUACAAUUUGUUUUAUUAUUGAAUAAUCAAGAUAUUGAUGAUGAUAAACAAUUAGAUUUACUUGAACAACUUUGUUCAAAUGUUUUUUUUGUUCGAAAUCUAGUCAGAUAA